CUUAGACUCCUUAUUUCAAUUUGCAUUAUACGAUACAAUUUGUAAAUAUCCCAAAACAUAAACUUCGAAAAAGGCCUUUUAUUUACAACAGCCGACUUAUGAAAAGCAGUUUGGAAACCUGAUUUUUACUUUUAUUUUCUUUUUCGUUUACAUCUCUUGAACGUGAAUUGCAAAUCCUGAAGUUGGUUUUUUUUCAGUAGGCUGAUAUUCGUUUGCAUGAAUUCAGAACACUCUUUACUGAUCGAUAAAUUUAUUGAAACUUAGAUUGAAAAAUAUAUAAACCUGAACAGGUUUUUGAGAAAAAUUGUUUCGCGUUCAUGGACACAGCUAAUCGAGAAAAUAAAGAAAAUCUGUAUGCAUCAAGCUUGGUAAGUCCUACUGCACUACGACCCGUCGCGUUUCAUGUUUUUACUAGAAAAUAUGAUUUAAAUAUCAACCGAGACUCUUUACAGGAACUAGCUGCUUAUGUAUCCAAGAAAUGUGGCUCGCAAUGGCGAAGCCAAUGUGAACCACUUUUAGAUGAAAUUGCCAAAACUUGGAAGCGGCUGCAUGAUUCGGAGCCAAUUGUGACAAAACCCCUUUUAUCAUCCUUACUAGCAAAUCUAGCCGUUCCACAUGAAGCACGAACAGCUUCAUUUUCUCGGGCGCCAACGCUAGACUCGACUAAUUCACUUUUACGUUCCAGCAGCACUCAAGUGAGAGAUGCUCUUCACGAAAACGAUUAUUUCCGAGUCAUCGACUCGUUUCAGCUUCCAAAGAGGAUUUAUGACUCUAAUCGAAAAACUUUCAUUUCAUCAAAAAGUAGUCCAAGUUUGCUGGCUCCAGCUUCUUCCUCUGUGGAAAUGCUUCAUCGUAGGUUUCACGUCGUGUUUAACCGAAUCCUCAGAAACGAAAAUUUCCAAAAUCCUUCUUUUAGCGGAUCGUUUUCCCAAACAAACUCGCAUCAAAUUACCCCUAUUAGAAAUCUUUUAGGAAGAUCUGGCGGAGAGUUUUUGCUUUUUGGGAUUUUAUCGGUAGCUCCUGAUGGUAAACUUUGGUUAGAGGAUUUAGACAGUCAAGUACAGCUCGAUAUAUCCAUAGCCACCUUUGGAUUUGGUCAUUUUUGCGCCGGUUGCUUCGUAUUGGUUAAUGGGCAGUUUUUGGAUUCUGGCGUUUUCUUGGUUUCUGAAGUGGGUCAUCCACCUAUAGAAAGAAGAGAAGCUUCUUUAAAAGCUCUCUCUCAGGUAGAUUCUUUUGGAUCAAACUUAGAUGCUAAUCAACUCAAUUUACUCCGUCAUGCUGAGCAAGCUUAUAAAUCGCCUUUUGUUUUUUUAAGCGAAGUUCAUCUCGAUGAUACCCGAUGUUUACAGGCUUUAGAAAAGAUAUUUCAAAAAUACGAAUAUGCCGAGUUACUACCUGCCUGUGUCAUUUUAUGCGGAAGUUUUACAUCCACAGCUUUUCAUAACUCUGGUAGUUCCUUGGAUUAUAAAGAGGGAUUCAACAAACUAGCUCUCACUUUCGCUAAAUUCCCAAGGAUUUCGAAGGAUUGCAGAGUUAUAUUUGUCCCUGGCCCCAAUGACCCUUGGACAACUUACGGCCUUUCGUUGAUGCCAAAACGUGCAAUCCCUCUUCAUUUUGUCAAUCGUAUCCAAAGAAUAUGCAAACAUGCUAUAUUUACUUCUAAUCCUUGUAGAAUAUCUUUUUUUUCUCAAGAAAUAGUAAUAUAUCGUGAAGACAUUACCGGAAGAUUUCAAAGACAUGGCUUGAAGGGUUCCAAUGCUUCUUCUCAAAAUGCCCAAUCUGAUUCGCUACCUCUUGAAGAGCAACAAUUGUAUCAAAAUAGAAAGCUUGUGAAGACUAUUCUAGAUCAGUCGCAUUUGUCUCCGUUCCACCCAAGAACGAGGCCAGUACUGUGGGAUUUCGAUUACUCCUUAAGCACGUUUCCUUUGCCAAAUUGUUUGGCAAUUGUGGAUUCUCAAAUUCCAGCCUUUAACAUUCACUACGGAGGUUGUCUGGCACUAAAUCCAGGACCCUUGAUAUUAGGUCUGCAUUAUAAUUGGCAGGAAUUUCAUCCGGUCACUAAGCAGGUUACUGCGUUUCAUGAACGGCUUUGAACUAUAGAGAACCCAAGAUCUCUUGUAUUUGAGUUAUGUUAGCGUUAAUGGGUUAUUGAGAGGAAACUAUGAAAGGCGGAAAUUGAGGGCUCAUAUAAAAGUACUUGGGUAGUGUAUAAUAAAAUAUUUUAAUUUACA